CUUAUUAUUUAAGGACUUUUGUGAAAACGUAUCCGAAGUGCCGGUUCCUGAAUUACGGUUUUACGAAGAGAUAAAGGCGUACGAGAAAUUGGAAACGGUAGAGGAGCGACUGAAGUUAACAAGAGAAAUCUACGAUAAUUUUAUUAUGAAAGAACUUUUAUCCCACACUCAUGACUAUUCCAAGGAGUGCUUGCAGCACGUUCAAAAGCAUCUACUAAAAAAUGAUGUUCCCGUUUCAUUGUUUGAGCCUUACAUAGAAGAAAUUUAUAAUCACUUAAGGGAUGAGCCGUUUAAAAAAUUUUUAGAAAGUGAAAAAUAUACUAGAUUUUGUCAGUGGAAGAAUUUAGAAUUAAAUAUACAGUUAACAAUGAACGAUUUUAGUGUGCAUAGGAUAAUAGGACGAGGCGGUUUCGGAGAAGUGUACGGAUGCCGGAAGGCGGACACGGGGAAGAUGUAUGCCAUGAAAUGUUUAGAUAAGAAAAGGAUAAAAAUGAAGCAGGGGGAGACGUUAGCUUUAAACGAACGAAUUAUGUUGUCGCUAGUGAGCACCGGUCAAGACUGUCCUUUUAUAGUUUGUAUGACGUACGCGUUUCAUACACCCGAUAAGUUAUGUUUUAUAUUGGAUUUAAUGAACGGCGGCGAUUUGCACUAUCAUCUAAGUCAGCAUGGUGUCUUUAAUGAAUCGGAGAUGAAGUUUUACGCCGCUGAAGUAAUUUUAGGUUUGGAACACAUGCAUAGGAGGUAUAUUGUAUAUAGGGAUUUAAAACCUGCCAAUAUUUUAUUAGACGAACAUGGACAUGUUCGAAUAUCCGAUCUUGGAUUAGCCUGUGAUUUUUCUAAGAAAAAACCUCAUGCCAGUGUAGGAACUCAUGGAUACAUGGCACCAGAAGUAUUAUCUAAAGGUACUGCCUACGAUUCUAGCGCAGACUGGUUUAGUUUUGGUUGUAUGUUAUAUAAAUUACUUAAAGGGCAUUCGCCCUUUCGUCAGCACAAAACCAAAGACAAGCACGAAAUUGAUAGAAUGACUUUAACAAUGAACGUAGAGCUACCCGAUUCGUUUAGUAAGGAAUUAAAGUCACUCUUAGAGGGCCUGCUUCAAAGGGACGUGGACAAACGGUUAGGAUGUAAAGGAAAUGGUUCGGACGAAGUCAAAGAUCACCCGUUUUUCGGCGGGAUCGAUUGGCAACAAGUGUACCAUCAAAAGUACACGCCGCCCUUGAUUCCUCCGCGGGGCGAGGUGAACGCGGCGGACGCCUUCGAUAUCGGCUCCUUCGACGAGGAGGACACCAAGGGCAUUAAGCUAACCGACGCCGAUCAAGAGUUAUAUAAGAAUUUUCCGCUGGUAAUAUCGGAACGAUGGCAGGCUGAAGUUGCGGAGACCGUUUUUGAGACGAUCAAUUUUGAGGCCGAUAAGGCGGAACACAAAAAGAAGGCCAAACAGAAAAAGCUGUUCGACUUGGAUGAGAAAGAAUCGGACUGCAUUCUACACGGGUACAUUAAGAAAUUAGGCGGUCCCUGGACAACCAGUUGGCAAAUGCGGUACGCAAAGCUGUACCCGAACAGGCUGGAGCUUCAUCCCGACUCGGCGAAGCCCGAAAUGGUCUUCAUGGAUCAGGUGGAGGAAGUCAGUCCAGAGUUAGUUCAAGUGAAAAACGAACAGUGUAUUGUAGUGAGAUUGCGAGAGGGUAAAGUGGUGCUGACCAACCCCGACGAAAUAGGCCUAAAGGAAUGGUUAACGUCACUCAAGUCGGCGCACAAGAUAUCUCAGGAGCUUUUAGGGUCGAUGGCGAAGAAAGCGGGUAAAAUAUACGGCACAGACUCAAACAAUUUGAAUAGAAAUGCGAUAAUAGCUCGUAACGCGAACGGCAACUGAGCUACUCGUAAGAAAUUCCCCCGUGCCCCGAUCCUUACUACCCUCUGUGUGAUUGAUGCGCUUGUGUUGCGGUUAGAAGAAUUAUGUUUAAUCCCUCCCCUUAUUGCACACAUUGGCACUACUCUUAAGGCACUAUUUAUAUAACCGAAAUCAUGACAAUUUCUUUCCAUUCGAUUUGUUCUACUUUUUUAGACAAAGGGGAGGUAUUACGUUAUUCGAUAAGGUUGGGACCGUGUACAUUACUGAACGAACGAAAUAAUUCGUCUCACUGGUAUCAACACCAAGCUUGUAAGUCACUAGAAUAGCUUUCUUUGCCGACCGCUAAUCAUUUCGAUACUUACUAAAUUGGCAUUAUCGACGCAAUAAGAAAUUUUUAGGUUAAGUUUUUACGUACCUGGUCGUUUGGUUCGAAUGCGCGUGCGCGCGCUCGUCGGGAGAUUGUAUCACUUGGUAUUAUUGACGAGAACUUCUAUUUAUUAUACCUACUCUACGUUUUGUACAAUUUUGUAAAUAAUUUAAGUGUGCAAUAAGUAGAUAGAGAUAGAUGGGAAACUGCUACAUUUUUAAAAAUAGUUAGCGAAUAAAGGAAUAAAUUAAAGCCUACAUUUAUGAGACGUAUUGGCCCAGUGUACUACUUAUACUUUAUAUGUGCAUUAUUAAUAAUGUUUUUAUAGAUAUUGUAGAUAAUAUUUUAAUAACAACUUAAGUUAUUUUCUAUUUUUCAUGGGAUAGCCAUGCCAGUGUAUUAGUACCGAUUGUACGUUCAAAAUGAUCGCUACCCUCCCUCUUUUGGAUGUAUAUUAUAGCAGCCAAAAACGAGCGAUUUUUGUAUUUCUCCACCAAACAAAACAGUUUCUAAGAAAUUAUUUUGUGUGGACACAUUUUCGAUGAUUUUUAUUUGGUCGAGAACAGCGCCCUCUAUACUUUCUUCAAUAGCACCAGUAAUUGAUUGUUUUUUUUGUAUGCUUGGGAUUCCGGCUCUACCAACCUUUAUAACAUUCUCAAUUUCAUUAAAAAGCACUAUAUUUUCUGGUGAACGUUGAAUUAAAAGGUCAAAUGGCUCAAAAGCUUAAGAACUCCUUGCAAGUAGGAGAAAAAGGCGUAAUUUGGGACAAGGGACGAGGAAUAUUAAAUUUUGUCACACAUCAUUGGUGUUUCUAUGAAAAAGUAAGCACUCACUAACCGGGUUGGAAUUAAUUGGUGAAGCACAAGCACCAGAAAUUUAAGUGAGCUUCUUCAUAAUUGAAGGUAAAUUGUGUGCUGCUUUUACGAAACGCAUAAUAAUCGCUCAACGAAAUUCAAUACGCAUUUAAGACCUUUGAAAUUUUGAACGUACAGGUACAACUUUGUGUAAAUGAGGUGUAGAUUUCUCUCCAAACUCUUAAAGAAAACAAGCAAAAAAAAACGUGUACAGAUUCUUCUUCUUCCUGUAGCCUUACUCGUACGUUUAAGUAUUAAUAAAACAAAUUUUGUAAUACAAUUCAAGGUUUUAAAACGCGAUAUGUGUUCAUGCAAAUUUUUGAAUCAAAAAACCACACACGAUUUACGUGUUAUCAGGAAAACGCACACAUAGCAAGAAGUGGGAAGAGACGAAGAAUCGGUUUUCAUUUAAAAAAUUUUUCCGCUCUACCAAUUACUAACGUAACAAUCCGAAUUGUGUCAAAACUGUAAAGAGGUUUUUAGUGCCAUUUAGCUAGGUACGAACGGGAUAUUUCUAUAUAAGUGUUUCUAAUGAGCAAUUUAAAGAACAGCAUUUGUAUUACCUACGCGUAAGUAUAAUUAUUGUUAGUGAAUAUUUCGUACAGUUUUUAUGUUUAAAAGAAAAGAGAACAAUCACUAUUUUGUGGUUAGACAGCAAUACAUUGAUGUCUAUUGUGUAUUUAUUUAAAAAAACGUCUAAAUACAUUGUUAUAAUCUG